ACUGCGGCUGCGGCAGCGGCUUCUGGGAUCCCGAUGUGGCGGAGGGGCCGUCACCGCCAACAAGUAGGUGGAGGGCCCGCGAGCCCGGUGUUGGAGACACUGCCGCCAUCCUUUUCUCCUGGCCUGCUGUCCUCCUAGACACGCUCGUCGCCUAAGGAUCCUCCCCUCCCAGCUCUUGCAAACUCCGAACUCGUCGCCUGCUGAUUCUCUUUCACCACAGGUUCACAGCGGAGGCAGCAGUGAGGUGUCCGAUUUGGACACGUGAGGCCUGCGAUCCCCGGAAUUGGGGAGGUGGGCGCUGGACUAGAGAAUCGGAGGAUGCGGGUUGGUAUGAAGACCCCUCACAAAAAGGCAGCUGCAGGGCAGCAAACCAGGGAAAUUGUCGAUGGCCACAACGGGUCUGCAAGUAUGAGGAAGAAAAAGACUUCUCAAAAGAAGCAGAGAGGCAGACCUUCCUCCCAGCCCCGCAGAAACAUCGUGGGCUGCAGAAUUUCACACGGAUGGAAGGAAAGCAAUGAGAGCAUCACCCAGUGGAAAGGAACCGUUCUGGAUCAGGUGCCUAUAAAUCCUUCUCUUUAUCUGGUGAAAUAUGAUGGAAUUGACUGUGUCUAUGGACUGGAACUUCACAGAGAUGAAAGGAUUUUAAAGCUUAAAAUCCUUCCUGAUAAGGUGCCAUUUUCUCGAGUCAGAGAUGUGCACCUUGCAAACACCAUAAUUGGUAAAGCUGUGGAACAUAUGUUUGAGGGUGAACAUGGUUCCAAGGAUGGAUGGAGGGGGAUGGUCUUAGCCCAAGCACCCAUCAUGAAAGCCUGGUUUUAUAUUACCUAUGAGAAAGAUCCUGUCUUGUACAUGUACCAGCUUUUAGAUGAUUAUAAAGAAGGUGACCUCCAUAUCAUGCCAGAGUCCAGUGAGUCUUCAAAAGACAGGGAGCCAGAAGGAGUUAUAGAUGGCCUCAUAGGUAAACAUGUAGAAUAUACCAAAGAAGAUGGCUCCAAAAGGACAGGCAAAGUCAUUCACCAAGUUAAAGCCAAGCCUUCUGUUUAUUUCAUCAAGUUUAAUGAUGAUUUCCAUAUCUAUGUCUAUGAUUUGGUGAAAAAGUCUUAACUGUUAGGGUAAACUUUAUCACAUGUGUGAAGACAAAUGUAUGAUUUGGAGACACACAGAAAAUGUUGCUUUUCACUGUACUGAAAGCAUAGGGAUCCCUAA